CGUAUUAGUAGUUAGUUAACCUAGUCUUUUUGUUUUCCGGGAGCCGAGGCACUGGGGUAGUGCCAAUUAUUUCACGUUAUUUCCCUUCCAAGCUCAAUGCUCAAUUGUUCAACGUUUAACUAUUAAUGUUCAUAUCUUUUAGCCACAUGUGCACUCACUUCAAGUACAUUACAUUAUUAUAUCACAGCACUUGCUAUAUCCAACAAUUAAUCUAUCACUCAUAAUAGUACUUCUUCCUCAUUGAGUCUAUUAAAUUGACUGUACUUCGUACUUCAACAUGGAUGACUCCAAAUUGUCAAAUGCCAUACCGUCCUGGCAGCAGCAGCGUAAAUCCCACGACGAGACUGCCCUCGAAUCUACAAAUUCCCAUUCCCAAAGUGCCGACGAGACGGACGUAAUUCUUGAUCAAGCCCGAAAGUUCUUAAGACAUGAAGAUGUUCUACGCUCCAGUGUAGAAAAGAAGACCGAGUUUCUCAGAAGCAAAGGACUCAACGAAACCCAGAUCCAAAAAUUACUUCGAGAACCUAUAAAUGACGAUGACGAUGAUGACGACGGCGAUAGUAUCACGUAUUCGAACUCAGAUGGAAACGGAAAUCUCGAAAAAAGUAGUUUAUCAUCUUUAUCCACAAGAGACUCACCGCCAAUUAUCACGUACCCCGAGUUCUUGACCACCACUCCUCGACCACCCUCACUAAUUACACCCUCCCGUCUUGCCAACAUCCUUGCCGUCUCCGGAAGUAUAUGGACAAUUCUCUACGGAGCCGCACAAUUCGUCGUCAGUCCCAUGGUCGAUACCCUCACCGAAUCCCGAACCGAGUACCUCGACCAUGUAAACGAGAAAAUGGAACAGUUUGUGGAAAAGCUCGAGGGUGUAGUCAGUGAAGUCCCUUACAAGAACAACAAGCUCUUGAGGUCAGGAGAAGGGGGUGACGAUGACGACGACGCCGAGAGUACGUUUAGUGACCCCACCGAACUGUUCCACCGAGACUUCGGCACUCAGACCUCCUCUCCGGUACUACGACCCGAUGAUUUGAAUUCGGCCAGCGGUAACCAGUCAGGCAAGGUCAUCGACGCUCAGGUUCGCCGCCUCGCCGCUGUUCGGGCUUCGCUUCGCGAGAUGAAUGAUAUGCACAUACGUCGUGCUGAAGACUCGACCAACCUGAACGCCAUACUUCGUGAAGUCCGUGAUGAAAUCGACAAGCUGGGUGCUCCACCUCUAGCCGACUUCACCUCCAUACACAGCGGGCUAGGCUACGGGCGCAGUGCAGAGCCUGAUGACGAGGUCAAGAAAACCAAGGAUGCCAUCCGCAGCGUCAAGGGCAUGUUCCUGAGCACGCGGCGUUUCCCAGCCUCGGCAGCAAGAUAGGAAACCAACGCUGCUCCGAGUAUUUUAACUAGCCGACGACGAACAUUCCCAACUCCAUCUGCUGCUGCGUUGGCCUCGCGGCCGACAUACCACGAGAUACGUGUUAUCGCCCGUCCUACUCCUGGUGCACACAGACACACCACUUGCCCAGUGGUAGAUCCACUGACAGGACGU